AUGAUCCUCGUCCUAACGUAUGCGAUCUGUUGGGCACCAAUGAACAUUCACAAUGUGCUAAGCGGUUUCGAAGUGAUCUCGUACUCGCAAUAUCGGUAUCUGUUCUGCCAUCUGGUCGGUAUUUCUUCGGCGUGCGUGAAUCCGAUUACGUACGCACUUGUGAACGAAUCGUUCCGAAACGCCUUGCAUCACAUGUUCUUGUCAUUUCGACCGUGCUACGUGACUUCUGGUGACUCGGGCAGUUCCUACAUCACGAACAGUAAGCCGGCUAAGGUCGCUGCUCGUGAAGGCUACUCGGCCAGAUUUGAAACGCCGACAAAAAACGAAGAUGCUCUCGAGCCACUCGACAAUUCGGCUCUCUGA